CCGAGCUGCACCAGAACCGCGUUCUCUUCCCUACAGAGUACAUUAAUUCAGGAGCAGAGGAGGUCACACAUGGACAGAAAAGGAAAUGGACAUUGAAAGGAGACAAAGAGGAUCUCACUGAGCAGUGUAACAAAGCACAGGGAGAGAAGGCUAGGAUCAUCAUGAUGGCAGGAGCUGAACACCCUUUGCUGUCACUGGACAACCUCCCAUGUGAAUCAGACUGUUUUGGGAACACAGUGAGCUCUUACUCAAAGGACUCAAAAGCAGUAAUGGAUAUGUGUGUAAAAAGUGAGCCUGAAGAUCAGCACAUUUCCCACCCUGAAUAUUGUACUGAGGUACAGAGCUUUGGUGCUGAGAUCAGCUCAGGGCUGCACCUGAAUGCUGACCACAUUAAAUCUGAGAAUGAACUGGUCAAGAAAGACAAAUAUGAUCUACAGCUGAGCAGUAAUGCUGCAGUGAUCUCUCUUCCAUCAGAGCAGUUAAAGUCUUCUACUUGUGUUUUAUACAAGCAAUAUAAAUCAGAGGCCCAUGAAGUGGAAGCAGUGCAGUAUUUGCAGUUAUGUGAAUCUCCAUGUACAGAAAAUGAAUUUACUGAAGUUACUCAUUGCGGCAUAAAGGAGGAGUAUGCAGAUUUACAGGUGCAUGACUUGCACACAUUUUCUUGUUCCAUGUCCAAACAAUAUAAAUCAAAGGCAGCUGUAGUCAAGGUGGAGCGGAAUUGUCAACAAGAAGGAUCUACCAGUACAGAGACGGCAGUUAAUGGAGCUGACGGCAACCAUUUAAAGAGGGAUUCCGUCAAGCUGGAUGACAUAUUUACUUUAGGAAAAGUCAAAUGUUGUAUGCAGUGUGGAAGAAGUUUUUCGCGCAGCUGUCAGUUAAAAUGUCACCAACUCAUUAAUUGUGGAAAACAGAAUGAACACAGUGAGUGUGGUGUAACUCUUUCUCAAUUAUUCAAUUCUGAACAGCAGGAGGUUUUUUGUUUGUAUAAAUGUGAAUGUGGGAUGUGUUUUUCCCAAAGCAGUCACUUGAAACAGCACCAGCGUAUUCAUGCCGCUGUAAAACCAUAUAAAUGCAGUGAAUGUGGAAAGAGUUUUUCUCAGUCUGGUCAGUUGAAACACCACCAGUUUAUUCAUACUGGUGAGAAACCGUAUAAAUGUAGUGAAUGUGGAAAGGGUUUCUGCCAAGGCAGUCAGUUAAAACAACAUCAGCGUGUUCAUACUGGUGAGAAACCAUAUAGAUGUAGUGAAUGUGGGAAGAGUUUUUCUCAAUCUAGUCACUUAAAAAACCACCACCUUAUUCAUUCUGGUGAGAAACCAUAUAAAUGUAGUGAAUGUGGCAGGAGGUUUUCACAGGGAGGUCAUUUAAAACACCACCAGCUUGUUCAUUCUGGUGAGAAACCAUAUAAAUGUAGUGAAUGUGGGAAAUGUUUUUCCUGUAAGUCUAACUUAAAAAACCACCAUCGUAUUCAUUCCGGUGAGAAACCGUAUGAAUGUAGUGAAUGUGGAAAGUGUUUUUCUCGAUGCAGUAGCUUAAAUGAGCACCGGCUAACUCAUACUGGUGAGAAACCAUAUAAAUGUAGUGAAUGUGGAAAGUGUUUUUCUCGAUGGAGUGGCUUAAAUGAGCACCAGCUAACUCAUACUGGAGAGAAACCAUGUAAAUGUAGUCAUUGUGGGAAGUAUUUCUCCUGUGUAAGUACCUUAAAAAAGCACCAACGAAUUCAUUCUGCUGAGAAACCAUUUAAGUGUAAUGAAUGUGGGAAGGGUUUUUGUCGCAGAAAUGGAUUAAAACAGCACCAGCUUGCCCACACUGGUGAGAUAACCUCUUUCACAUUCGCUACAAGGGUUUCUCACGCUUGAAACCUGAAAGAGCACCAUCUCAUACAUUCUAGUGAGAAACCAUAUAAAUGUAUUCAUUGUGGGAAGAAUUUUGGUCCAAAGAAGUAUUUAAAAAUCUACAAGCUAGCACAUUGCAAGAUCUGUAAAAAAAAAAAAAAAAAAAAGUCUCUACUUUCUUCAGCCUCCUGUCUUGAAGAGGUUUUACACAGGUCUCUGUUUUACUGUGAAGGAGCAGUUUUCCAGAGACUGGCAGAUACAUGAGAGGUUCCCUUUGGGAAAAACUAGCAUCUGAGAUAUAUUAUGUGCACGGUAAAUCCAAAGAAAGUAUAUUCAUAUCCUUGUUGUUUGAAACACUUCUGCCUUCAUCCAAGAGAGUUAUCAGUAACUGAACUUGUGGUAGAAGUUCACCAAGUAUGGAAGAUUGAGUCCUGCUGUACUGAGGGCCUCACAAUGUAUGAAGUAUACUUUGUUUAUGUUUAACUUUUUGGGUUAAAUGCACUGAACACUGAGGUUACUGAUUAUUUUGGUAUUGAUUUCUUGUAAAACUUUUAAUGCCAGAAAAAUGUGUAUCAGUAUAUUUUUAAUAAAAUGAAUCUGCUGUGCCAGU